GGUGAAAACGUCAUCAUUCAAUCCCCUACAGUUAUAACAAAUUGGCGACGGGGUUUUACCUUAAUUCAGUGCAGUUACAACAAUUGGCGACGUGGAUUUACUUAAUUCAUCGCAGUUAUAACAAGCAAACGACGACAGUUUUUAUUCUGUUCAGCGCAACUAUAUAACAUUUUUGACUGUGUAAAUUACAACCCAAUUAUAAUGUCUAUCUCUCUGGACGAUCUUCCGGUGACUGCAGUUGAGGUUGCCAGACACACACUGCGUGAUCCAGUUUUACAGCAAGUAUCAAAGUUCAUCCGAUGUGGCUGGCCUCCACAUGUUCAUUCAAAUGUUUUAAAACAGUUUUACCAGCGACGCAAAUCCCUAUCCAUCGUUAAUGGAUGCAUAAUGUUUGCUGAUCGUGUUGUCGUUCCAGCUAAUCUUCGUGACCAUGUGCUUCGGCAGCUUCAUAUAUCACAUCCUGGUGUUGGGAGAAUGAAGGCGAUCGCUCGCAGUUACGUUUACUGGCCCAACAUCGAUGACCAUAUCGAAGACCUCGUUCGCAAGUGUAGUAAAUGUGCUCAAGCAUCAAAGUGUCCACGCAAGACAGAACUAUGUUCCUGGCCACGACCGGACAAACCAUGGUCCCGUGUUCAUGUUGACUUCGCUGGACCGUUCAAUAGUAUGCAUUUCUUAAUAUGUGUCGACGCGUUUUCCAAAUGGCCAGAGAUAUUUCCUAUGCAUUCUGCCACAUCAAUUGCAACAGUGUCCCUCCUACGUCAACUAUUACUGAACGUUUCGUCGACACCUUUAAGUGUGCUUAUGCAAAAGCGAAGGGGGAGGGAACAACAGAAAAAAUUUUGGAUAAAUUCUUGCUGUAUUAUCGUACGAAUGAAAAAGGACAGUUAUGUGGCAGACACACAGAUCACGCUCUAUCCAGUACCACGCAAAGGUCAACUCGACAAAGAAGAGCUCCGAAACCUUUUCAAAUAGAUCCAAAAAGCAAGUCCUACACUCUUUACGGGGAGAGGUGAUAGGAUCCCACACAUUUUGGUAGUGACUGUUAAUCUUGUAUAUAUGGUAUAUUAUCAUUCUCACCUAUUUUGGUAGUGACUGCUAAUCUUGUAUAUAUGGUAUA